AUGGCAGCUAGGUCGUUGCUUCCGGCCGUUCUCCUCCUGGGCCUCCUCUUAAGCCGCGCCGGCUCCAUCCCUCCGCCGGAGCCGGUGGUUUGCGCCCGUGGCAUGUCCGACUGCACCGUCACCAACGUGUAUGGCUCUUUCCCGGACCGCACCAUCUGCCCCGCGGCCAACGCCACGUUCCCGCGCACCGAGGAGGAGCUCGUGGCCGCCGUGGCGGCUGCCGCGGCGAUGAAGCGCAAGGUGAAGGUGGCCACCAGGCACUCCCACAGCUUCCCCAAGCUAGCCUGCCCUGGCGGCCGCGAAGGCACGAUCAUCAGCACGGAGCGGCUCAACCGGACGGUGAGCGUCGACACUGCCAAGGGGCUGAUGACCGUCGAGAGCGGCAUGGUGCUCCGGGACCUGAUCCACGCCGCCGCAGCCGCCGGUCUCGCGCUGCCGCACUCGCCGUACUGGUACGGCCUCACCAUCGGGGGGCUGCUCGCGACGGGCGCGCACGGGAGCUCGCUGUGGGGAAAGGGCAGCGCCGUGCACGAGUACGUGGUCGGGAUGAGGAUCGUGACGCCGGCGCCAGCGAGCCAGGGAUUCGCUGUGGUCAGGGAGCUCGGCUCCAAGCACCCUGACCUCGACGCGACCAAGGUCUCCCUCGGCGUUCUUGGCGUCGUCUCCCAGGUUACUCUGCAGUUGCAGCCGAUGUUCAAGCGCUCGGUCACGUUCGUGGAGCGCGACGACUCAGACUUCGCGGCGCAGGUGGCUGUGUGGGGCGAUCGGCACGAGUUUGGCGACAUGACGUGGCUGCCGUGGCAGGCCAAGGUCAUCUACCGCGAGGACGGACGCGUUGAUGUCUCAUCGCCUGGCAAUGGCUUCAACAACUACCUCGGCUUCCGCUCUAACCCGACGCUCGGGCUCAUCAUUGCCAGAGCCGCGGAGGAGCGCCUAGAGGAGGACGGCGACGACAUCGCACGGUGCCUGGCGGCGCUGGUGCCCGCAACGACGUUCAAGCUGCAGGGGUACGGCUUCACGAACGACGGCUCCUUCUUCACCGGAUACCCGGUGGUCGGGUACCAGCACCGCAUCCAGGCGUCUGGCACAUGCAUUGACGGCAAGGAGGACGGGCUCCUUUCCUCGUGCCCGUGGGACCCACGCAUCCGGAGCUUCUUCUUCUACAACUCUGGCUUCAGUGUUGCGCUCUCCAAAGCUCCGGCAUUGGUUGCCGACAUGCGGCGACUCGGUGACCUCAGCCCGCGUGCCUUAUGUGGUUUGGACGCCAAGAUGGGUCUGCUCGUCCGCUAUGUCAGGGCCUCAUCUGCCUACCUCGGCAAGGUGGAGGACUCGGUCGACUUCGACAUCACCUACUACCGGAGCUACACCGAAGACACGCUGCGAGCGCAUUCUGAUGUAAUCGACGAGCUCGAACAACUAGCUUUGCGAAAGUACAACGCCGUCCCACACUGGGGCAAGAACCGCAACUUUGCCUUCGACGGUGCCAUCACCAAGUACGCAAAGACCGGCGAGUUCCUCAAGGUGAAGGAGAGGUAUGACCCUGACGGGAUCUUCUCUAGCGAGUGGAGCGACCAGGUGCUUGGCAUCAAGGGGAGCCCAAACAUUGUCCAGAAGGGUUGCGCCAUGGAAGGGUCCUGCAUCUGCUCUGACGAGUCGCACUGCGCGCCAGAACAGGGCUAUUUCUGUCGGCCGGGAAAGGUGUAUGCAGAGGCGAGGAUUUGCUCGCUCCAACCUGCCUCUGGACACACGCACACCAAUCACCAGGAUGAACUGUGA